GUUUGAAUUCGCACACAUUCUUGCGAUACAUAGUUCUGAGAAUAUACAUUGCGAUUUGUUAUCUACACAACUACAAGUAAUUAUUUAGAUCGAUAUUGAAAACUAUCGAUCAAUACUGAUUUCCACGCGAAGUUUUUGAAGUAGGGGUCGUCCACCGGAAGCAUUCUUUCUAGACGAAGUUCAGGAGUAGUGGUUCGACAAUUAGUCACUUCUAAAAUAUUACCGUGAGACGUUGACAUGUAUUGAAGUGCUUUUGAAUUCUACACAGAACAACAGAUCACCGUUAGUUUUGGAGGAUAUGUAUCUCUACAGUACAACGUUUUUUAUUUUUGGAUAUUGCAUUGUGCCAUAUGUUUCCCAAAUCACUCUACCAAAUCAACCUAUAAAGGAUGCACUGUUUCUACAUAAUGUUGUGAGCAGCAAUCUCACUCUUAGGGAUUGCGUCUUCAGGCCGACCAGUGAUAAAAUUACUUGUCCAGAUCCGGACCUCAGGUACAUUCUUUAUACGAAUGGAGAGAAGCAGGUAGUAGAUUAUUUGCAAACAGACUGGCUGAGACAAAGUAUAUGGGAUUCUACAAAGGAAGACAUACUUUUGAUUCAUGGCUACGCUGGAGGAGAUGACGCUUUACCUAUGGUGGUUUUGAGAGAUGCAUAUUCAAAGAACAGCAGCUACAACGUUUGGGUAGUAGACUGGGGCAAUUUGAGCCCUCCUCCAUGCUACAGGGCAGCAGUAAACAAUAUGAAAGCUGUCGCUAGAUGUACUGGAGAUCUGAUCACAUCUUUGAGGGCAGCUGGCCUACCCACCGAAAAGCUGACUUGUGUUGGACACUCAUUAGGUGCCCACAUAUGUGGUUUGAUAUCAGAAAGUGUAGUCUUCAGGAUGCACCGAGUAGUAGGCCUGGACCCAGCUCGUCCUUUGGUGCCCCCUUCAAGUCGGCUGACUAGUGGUGCAGCCAAUGCUGUUCAUGUGCUCCACACCAACGCAGGGCAUUACGGGGAGGGAGGCAGAGGAGGACAUGUCAAUUUCUGCAUCAACGGAGGCAGGACGCAGCCUUAUUGCGAAAAUGCCGACAUUGACAUACAAUUAUGCAGUCACGUCUGGGCAAUUUGCUAUAUGGCUGAGAGUCUUUUUCCAGAACUGACUAAGAAGGCAGAACCCUGCUCUAGACGGUGUCCCUCAGGACCUAGACCAGGAAACAGGAUGGGAAUACCUGUCAUUAUGGGUCAAGGAACACCACUAUCGGCAUCUGGUUCAUUUUGCUACCAAGAUAAAUAUCCGCCAUUUUGUCCAACAAAACAAGGUGGCAUAGGAGAUAAAAGAUGUUGCCUGCAAGCACCUGAAAUUGUACCGUCAAGCAGCGCCGAGGCAAUUAGUGGUGCUCCAACAACACCAAGUCUGUUUUGAGAAGAUAUAUUUAUCAAUGUUAAUUUAUUUUAAUGUAAAUAGGUCAUUAAUAAGGAUUAAUUAGCAGUUUAAAUCCUAUUUAUUUUGUAAAUAAAC